GGAAGUUCAAGGGAGCCUCUGUCCAUCCAAACCAGCACAGAUUUGUCAUUGAUGCUAACAAGUAGCAUUCUGUGGGGUGCUCUCCUUGGAGGAUGCCCACAGGUUGCUCUCAGGAUUGGGGAUCUGUUCCCCAAGUCUUCAUUAGGGCAGGGGAUGUAUUGAAUGAACUCUGAGGAGGGGGAUUUUCAUGCCUAUUCAGAAGGUGGGACUCAGGAGAGAGAUGGAAAUUUUCCUGAUCUGCUGCUGAGCCAGAGAAACAGCUCCCAGGUGGAUUGUCCCAGACACCUCACACCACUGGAAAACUACCCAGCAAAGGCUGGGUCCUUAGAGAGCCAUGGAUAUAGAGAAGUGAGGCAACAGGGAACAUCUGCAGAGCUGGCCAGGUAGGGCGAAAGAGUCUAGAGAUCUAAUAUACAACAUUGACUCAAAAGCAGAUUCGGAGCUUCAUACGCACUGCCAGUGCUAAGGCACACUCGAAAAAGCACCUGUACACUGAAGUUGAGGCUGGUCAGAGCUCAGGCAGCCCAAGGAGCUUCGCGGUUCAGCCACAAGGGGUGGGAGCUGCCUGGUGACUGCUAUUUUGAGAGCCCCAAACAUUUGAAAAGGUUUGCAGAUGGCACCUAGGAGAUCUUGACUUGUCCUGAGGAAGUAUUGUUUUACUGGAUUUACGGUCCAGCUGUUACCCAAUUGACCAUGAUCCAGCCAGACUCCGUUGAUGACCCGGAUUCCAGCCCUUACCCGCUAUGUGUGGUGUGCGGCCAAGCCCACUCCCCUGAGGAAAACCACUUCUAUACCUACUCUGAAGAUGUGGACGAUGACCUUAUCUGCCACAUCUGCCUGCAAGCUUUGCUGGACCCUUUGGACACUCCCUGUGGACAUACCUACUGCACCGUGUGCCUCACCAACUUCCUGGUGGAGAAGGACUUCUGUCCCGUGGAUCGCAAGCCUGUGGUCCUGCAGCACUGCAAGAAGUCCAGCAUCCUGGUCAACAAGCUGCUCAACAAGCUGCUGGUCACCUGCCCUUUCACAGAGCACUGCUCGGAGGUGCUGCAGCGCUGUGAUCUCCAGCAUCACUUCCAAACCAGCUGUAAAGGUGCCUCCCACUAUGGCCUGACCAAAGACAGGAAGAGGCGCUCGCAAGAUGGCUGCCCAGAUGGCUGCGCCAGCCUCACAGCGACGGCGCUCUCCCCAGAGGUCUCUGCGGCUGCCACCAUCUCCUUAAUGAUGGACGAGCCUGGCCUAGACAACCCUGCCUACGUGUCAACGGCCGAGGAUGGUCAGCCAGCCAACAGUCCCUUGGACUCUGGCCGGAGCAACCGAACUAGGGCACGGCCCUUUGAGCGAUCCACUAUCCGAAGUAGAUCUUUUAAAAAAAUUAACCGAGCUUUGAGUGUUCUUCGGAGGACAAAGAGUGGGAGUGCAGUUGCCAAUCAAACUGACCAGGGCAGGGAACAUCCUGAAAAUCCCACUGCCCCUGAAGUCUUUCCAAGGCUGUAUCACCUGAUUCCAGAUGGUGAAAUUACCAGCAUCAAAAUCAAUCGAGUGGAUCCCAACGAAAGCCUCUCCAUCAGGCUUGUGGGAGGCAGCGAAACCCCACUGGUCCAUAUCAUUAUCCAACACAUUUAUCGUGAUGGAGUGAUUGCUAGAGAUGGCCGGCUGUUGCCAGGAGACAUCAUCCUCAAGGUCAACGGAAUGGACAUCAGCAACGUCCCCCACAACUACGCUCUGCGCCUCCUGCGACAGCCCUGCCAGGUCCUGCGGCUCACCGUGCUGCGAGAGCAGAAGUUCCGAAGCAGGAGCAAUGGACAGGUGUUGGACUCCUACGGACCUCGGGAUGACAGUUUCCAUGUGAUUCUCAACAAAAGCACCCCCGAGGAGCAGCUGGGAAUAAAACUGGUGCGCAAAGUGGACGAACCUGGGGUGUUCAUCUUCAAUGUGCUGGAUGGGGGCGUGGCGGACCGACACGGCCAGCUGGAGGAGAACGACCGCGUGCUGGCCAUCAAUGGACAUGACCUCCGAUAUGGCAGCCCAGAGAGUGCGGCUCAUCUGAUUCAGGCCAGUGAAAGGCGCGUCCACCUCGUUGUAUCCCGCCAGGUUCGACAGCACAGCCCAGACAUCCUUCAGGAAGCCAGCUGGAUCAACAAUGGCAACUGGUCCCCAGGCCCAGGCGAGAGGAGCAACACUCCCAAGCCCUUCCAUCCUGCAGCCACCUGUCAUGAGAAGGUGAUAAAUGUUCGAAAAGACCCCAGUGAAUCUCUCGGCAUGACCGUUUCAGGGGGAGCGUCGCAUCGGGAAUGGGACUUGCCUAUCUACGUCAUCAGCGUUGAACCUGGAGGAGUCAUAAGCAGAGAUGGAAGAAUAAAAACAGGUGACAUUUUGUUGAGUGUCAAUGGGACUGAGCUCACAGAAGUCAGCAGGAGUGAGGCGGUUGCCUUACUGAAAAGCACGUCCUCCUCGGUGGUACUCAGAGCCUUGGAAGUCAAAGAACAGGAGCCCCCAGAAGACGGCAGCAACCCAGCCGCCCUGGACUCCAACCACAACAUGACCCCACCUGGUGACUGGGCCCCGUCCUGGGUCAUGUGGCUGGAAUUACCACGGUACUUAUAUAACUGUAAAGAUGUUGUAUUACGAAGAAACACAGCUGGAAGCCUGGGCUUCUGCAUUGUAGGAGGUUAUGAAGAAUACAAUGGAAAUAAACCUUUUUUUAUCAAAUCCAUUGUUGAAGGAACACCAGCAUACAAUGAUGGAAGAAUUAGAUGUGGUGAUAUUCUUCUUGCUGUCAAUGGUAGAAGUACAUCAGGCAUGAUACAUGCUUGCUUGGCAAGGAUGCUGAAAGAACUUAAAGGAAGAAUUACUCUCACUAUUGUUUCUUGGCCUGGCACUUUUUUAUAAAAUCAAUGAUGGGCCUCAGAAAAACAAAAAUCACAAAUAGGCUAAGUUGAAGCAAUGUAUUUAUCAAGUUUUAUAUUUAAAGAAUACAUUGUAAAAAUGUAAAAAAAAAAAAAUGACCUAAUGAAAACCAGUUACACCUCAGAGAAUAUUCUCAAAAUAAAAACCACUAUUAAUAGUUUUUAAUUCAGUGUGGAAGAUUUAUCAUUACAACUUUAAGUUUAUAUUUUUACAUUUGAUUAAAAAGUCCAAAUGAAAUGGUUUAUAUGCCCCACUGAAUUCAAAUCAGUGAUUUAAAUAAAAAAUCUGGUAUAUACUUAGUUUUAGAGUGUAUAUGGUGAUUUUUAAUUCAAAAGCCAGAGGAUUUUUUUAAAAAAAUGCAUUGCUCAGAAACAUUUUAUUUCAUCAACUGAGAAAUAAAAUAUUUUUCAAAAAUCAUAGUUGUCUUUGUAUGUGAUUCUAUUGUUUACUUCUAUUAUCAUCCAUUUAAAAAAUCCCAGUAAUUCUAUCUUUGAAACACCAAGUUGUUACAAUUUAUAAACGCCUUCUAAAGUUAUCCCUAAAAUUCUCAGUUUCACUUUUGUUUUCUUAGUUUUAACAAAAAAUGACUAAUCUAAAUCUCCUAUCAUGAAGUUUACUUUUACUCACAAUAUAGUUAGUAAUGGUAUAAAAAAAUCCACAUGCUAUUCUACCAAUAAGCCUUGGAAAACACCUCAAGAAAGGUGAAACCGGCUUGACCCUGGCUCAGAGCUGGCCAUGAGGCAAUUCAACGUUGUGUCACAGUGACAAGUAUCUAUACAUGUGCCUGUUAAAAACUACACAGAAAAAGUUACUUUACAGGUCACCCAAAUGCUUUCUAGAUUUCAUUAAUUUGGAUAUAAAAGUAUCCGGUUCAGUUUUACCAUGGACACAAAUUUAUAAUGCUGAAAACUUGUUAUAAAAAAUUAUAAUAUAAAAAAAUGUGUACAAGUUCUUUAGUAUGCUUAAGCAGGACUGCCAUAGCAGUAAUGUUAAAGUCUCAGGGGGGCCUUUUAAUGCCUUUGCAGUUCAACCUCUUAUGGGACUGGUGAUGCAUUUACAAGAAGCCUGUGGCCAAGGUGGAUCCUUG